GCACGCGAGGGCCAGAGAAGACACAGGCCGCAGGGGGUCUCCGGCCGCAGGAGGAAGAAAUCCCCAAUUCCCCACCCCGUCCCCAAACCCUAGCCGCCUCCUGUGGUUUCCGCCUAAGCUCUCGAGGGAGAGAAUCUAGGUCCCCUCCUAUGGCGCUUCGCAGCCUGGCGAAGGGGACGUGGGGCCCUGCGGCUUGUGCCCUCCGCUGCCGUUCGGGCGCCGGUAUGCCGGCGGCAGCGCCCUCACGGUUUCUUGCCUCGGUCCGCAAUCAGGAUGGCAUCGCAAUACGGAGGCUCUCAUAUGAUGUGAUAUCUGCUCGAGACAUGCUGAAAAGAGCCAAGAAACAAGAGGAAGUUAUGAGUGGAAUUCCCGUUCUUUGUUAGGAGAGGGAUCGAGUGGUUCUCAAGAGGUGUCAAAGCCGCGGAGUGGGCUUGCUACUUUUGUGUUUCAACUACCAUUGCCGUUGCAGUGAUGGUUGGUAGGGAAUGAAGCCAGUUUGUUUAGGUUUAUAGCUGACGAGCAAACUCUUGUCUGUUUAUGUCUUAGUUCUGUUUGUGUCCUGUGUUGAGCCCUCCGUAGUUAUGGGGGGCAGAAAUUGUAUGUUAUCUAUGUGAAAGGCUUUGGUAUAAGAGUAAUCAAGUAUUGAUUUAAGUGCA